AUGACCGAAACUUAUAAAUUUGGAUUAGCCAUUGACCCAUCGGUUUCCUUGUUUUGUAUAUGUCACCGUUAUCCAUCUACACCAGAUCAAGAUGGUAAUAAAGAAUCUUCCCCGUUCGAUUCUCAACCUAACUCUCAACCUAAUAACGAUGAGAGCAUUCUAACAAAAGUUACAAACUUGGGCUCAUCCGCUUUGGAAAGCGUUGUUGGAUCAAAUCCUUCUGGUAACACAACCGAGAAAGACCAACAUAACGAUGAGAGCAUUCUAACAAAAGUGACGAACAUGGGUUCAUCCGCUUUGAGUAGCGUUGUUGGAUCAAAUCCUUCCGGUGAUACAACCAAGGAAGGCCAACGUAGUCCUUCAUCGAACCAACAUAAUGAUGAGAGCAUUAUAACAAAAGUAACAAACAUGGGCUCAUCUGCUUUGGGUAGUAUCGUUGGAUCAAAUCCUACCGAAGAUAAAGCCGCGGAAGGCCAACGUAGUCCUUCAUCGAACCAACAAAAUGAUGAGAGUUAUCUAACAAAAGAAACAAACGUGGGCUCAUCUGCUUUGGGUGGUAUUGUUGGAUCAAAUCCUUCCGAUGAAAAAGCCGCGGAAGACAAACGUAGUCCGUCGUCGAACCAACCUAAUCUUUCAUCGACCCAAACUGAAUCUCAAGAUAGUUCUAAUCGUAAUGAUGAGAGCAUUCUAACAAAAGUAACAAACAUGGGUUCAUCUACUUUGGGUAGUGUUGUUGGAUCAAAUGAUAAAGCCGCGGAAAGCCAACGUAGUCCUUCAUCAAACCAACAUAAUGAUGAGAGCUUUAUAACAAAAGUAACAAACAUGGGCUCAUCCGCUUUGGGUGGUAUCGUUGGAUCAAAUCCUUCCGAUAAUACAGCCACGGAAGGCCAACAUAAUCCUUCUUCUAACCAACCUAACGAUGAGAGCUAUCUCGCAAAAGUGACAAAUAAGGGAUCAUCCGCUUUGGGUGGUAUCGUUGGAUCAAAUCCUUCCGAUA